AUGAGCCCGCGAUCGCGAAAAAUCAAAAAGAGUAAAGACAAGAAAGUGGAUGAGAAGAGACCGCGGACUGCGUUCACAGCCGAACAGUUGAGUCGAUUAAAGCAGGAAUUUGUGGACAAUAAAUAUUUGACUGAAAAGCGAAGACAAGAUUUAGCGAAAGAAUUAAAGCUAAAUGAAUCACAAAUUAAGAUUUGGUUUCAAAAUAAGAGGGCAAAGAUCAAGAAGACUACCGGCAAUAGGAAUCCAUUGGCUUUACAUCUGAUGGCUCAGGGAUUGUAUAAUCACAGCACUGUUGCCGAUGGAGAAGAAGACGACGACGAGAUGUACUACAACGAGGACAGAGAAGACAGAGAUUCUUCAUGUGCUUCACCGCCGCAAUCGUCUGACCAAAAGAGCAACAAUUCUUAGUUUAUAUCAUAGUUUUGCUCCAAUAAAUGGUUAAAAUAUUUGUAAAUACUAUGUUUGAGAAGCGAACAAAAUUAUGAUAAUAUUAUAAUUAAUUAAUUGUACAGUAAAUGAAAGAAUUAUCAUAUGAUAUAAUACGG